AUGCAAAAUAAAAUACAGUCUCCAAGCAAACCGCACAACAACUGCGCAACAAACCAUUACCGCACAACAACCUGCGCAUUUGAGUCACUUUGGAAGAUACCUCGAAAGUUUGGAAAUAUGGCAGACGCAGUGGCAGUCGAUGAAGAUAUGGGAGAGCAUCAUGGUGAUCCAAAUGAAGUCCAAGUGAUUCUUCCCAUGGAAGAGUUUUCCGACGAUCUCGAAUUACGACUGGGCAGAGCCAAUGGCAACAUUUAUCACCGUCGCCCAGGUGUAGAAGGCGUUCAUGAUGGACAAGUCAUGGUCCGUCUCAAGAAGAAGCGAUUCAUCUUGAUUGAUUAUUCCAUUGUCCCCAACGAAGCCGAUCUCGCAGCUUCCAGUGUGUCUCCCAACAUUUCCUGCCCCAAUGGCGCCGGCAAGCAAAAGUGCCACCAUCCAGAAUGUCCCAAAGUGGGUGUUCCUGUGUUGCUCUAUGAUAGUGAUCCCAACGAACCAUCCUCUCUCUACAUGCGCUCGGGAUUGUGCUUUACCUGUCAGCGCAAUCUCAAUGAAAAGAGACGGACCCAACGCAAGCGUGCGUCGGACAUUGGACCUUCCAGUGUCUUGUACGCCGUUGGACCCGGCCAAAAGAAGGUCAAACUCAAUGGUCAGACGGUCAAUCUUCAAUCCGAUGCCAUUAUAUUGAAUGGACCACCGAUUGACGGGGCCAAGUCCAUUCGAGAUGGCUAUUCGUUUCAUGAUAUUGGAAUUGAUAUGACCGCCAAUGUACUCAAGGCUGUACGAGAUACGGAUCGUUUAGUGAAUGCCGUCUCGAGUAAUACUACCACUACAUCGGCACCUAACGGGUCGGACGGGGGUUCCGACGAGAGUGUCGCUGACAUUGCUGCUCGGGCUGCGGCUGUGGUCAGCGCCAUGACUCCAGAAGAGGCCGCCACCAAUGCGGCUGUGGAUGCUGCAGCGGAUGCCACCAAUAGCGAAGACAUCCCAGCGUUGUAUGACAAGGCUUUUAACUCGCUGUCCAAGUCGAUUUACUUGCUGAGCCAGUGGAAGCAAUCCUGGGAUUCGGUCAUUGCGGCUGCUGUGGCACAAGAGACUGUUGCCGAUCCAUCCUUGGUGGAUGCGGUGGCUUCUGCGGCUGCUGUGGCCGCUGCGGCUGCGACCGAGAGCCAAGACAACAUGGCAUCCUUAUUGCUGGCAGCUGAUCAGCGCAAGGAUGGGGCGAAGCAGGAACAAGAUGACGUUCCUGUAUACCAUGAGGUAUGA